AUGCAAGUCUCUUUUAAGUGCUUUUUGGGUAAUUAUUUUUUUAAUUUUUAUUGUUAAUAUAAAAAAGCCAUUUAAAUUUAUAUAUUUUUUUGGGGUAUCUUUUUGGCCAUCAUCAGUAACAUCAGUAUUCCGAUAAUUCAUAUAGGAAAUCUCAAGCUAAUUUUGGCAACAAUGCAGCUAAUCAAUUGUCUGCAAGAAAUCUAUAGAGGAAUGAGCUCUAUUAUUCCACUGAAUUCUUUUCCGAGUGCUAUCUUGAAGAAAUCGUUUGAAAAUUGGGGUCGUAAAAAUGUGAGGUCAAAAUUUGAUAUUUCGCAAAUUUCCUCUUUUGAGUCCGACACUUUAGAAGAUUGUAUUUUGGUUUAA